AUGUCGCGACGCGAGCACUCACGCUCAUCGCUCUCAUCCGAAGAUGUCGAGUCCUCCGAAGACCACAGCGCAUACGUACACCAGGAUGAUCCGACUGCAUUGGAGAAGCAGACUACCGCGGCGUCAGGCAUGUCUGCCCUGGAAAAUCGUGCGCAUUCGGUGAUCUCGCGCAUUCGCAGUCGCGAACCGGGUCAAACUGCCCGCUUCACGCAUCCGCUGUCGCAUACUAGGACCUCCGAGGACGUCAUUGUCGACUUUGAUGGGCCGGAUGAUCCGUACAGGCCGAUGAAUUGGAGUUUUCGCAAGAAGGCGAUUACGACGGUUUUGUAUGGGUUGACUACAAUGGGUAUGUGCGAUUGCUGUUAUACUUUUUUCUUUAGUUUCUCUACGGGCACCAAGCAAAUCGAUGCGGAGUUCCACGUGGGUGAGGAGGUCGGCACAUUGGGUACAACGCUGCUGUUGUUCGGUUUUGGACUUGGCCCUCUCGUGUGGGCACCGCUAUCCGAGGUCUAUGGACGUAAGCCUGCUGUGCUUGCGCCGUACUUCAUCGCAGCCAUCUUCUCGUUCGGUACCGCCACAGCCAAGGACCUCCAGACCGUCAUGCUGACUCGGUUCUUCUGCGGAUUCUUUGGCUCCGCGCCCGUCACGAACACCGGUGGUGUCCUGAGCGACAUCUGGACGGCAGAGCAGCGAGGUGCCGCUAUUGUUGGUUACGCCAUGGCUGUGGUCGGAGGACCGGUGCUGGGUCCGAUUGUCGGAGGUGCCAUCUGCCAGAGCUAUCUCGGCUGGCGCUGGACCGAAUACAUUACCGGAAUCAUGAUGAUGUUCUUCCUCGCGAUGGACCUCAUCUUCCUCGACGAGAGCUACCCGGCUGUUCUCCUCGUUUACAAGGCUCAGCGACUCCGCUUCGAAACAGGCAACUGGGCUCUCCACGCCCGUCAUGAAGAAUGGGACGUCACCUUCAAGGAACUCGGCAAUAAGUAUCUCAUCCGACCCUUCGCCCUCCUCACUACGCCCAUCUGCUUCCUCGUCGCCAUCUACGCCUCCUUCGUCUACGGUAUCCUAUACCUCAGUUUGGCCUCCUUCCCCAUCGAAUUCCAAGAAGUCCGCGGCUGGAACCAAGUCGUCGGCGCCCUGCCUUUCCUCGCCUACCUCGUCGGUAUCCUCUUCGGCGCCUGCAUUAACCUCUUCAACCAGAAAUUCUACAUCGCUCGCUUUAAAGCGAACAACAACUUCCCCGUCCCUGAAGCCCGUCUGCCCCCAAUGAUGCUCGGCUCUAUCGUUUUCGCCGCCGGUCUCUUCAUCUUCGCCUGGACAAGUGACCCCCACAUCCAUUGGAUCGCUCCCAUCAUCGGCGCCGUCUGCAUGGGUUUCGGCUUCUUCACCAUCUUCCAAGCUGCCCUGAACUACCUGAUCGACACCUUCCAGAAAGUCUCCGCUAGUGCUGUUGCGGCGAACACUUUCCUGAGAAGUCUGUUCGCGGGCUGCUUCCCUCUCUUCGCUAAUAUCAUGUUCCAUCGUCUUGGUGUGGACUGGGCUGCGAGUGUGCUAGGUUUUGUGGCUGUCGCAUUGAUCCCGAUCCCUUACCUGUUCUAUAUCUUCGGAAAGCGCAUCAGGGCGAAGGGAAAGUGGUCCCGGGCUUCGGUUUACGGGUACUGA